AUGGCGCAGGAUGAGCUACUGGAUCUGGAAGACCCUGACAUGGUCCUCGAUGAUGGCUUCAUCGACGAGCGCGACGACGAGAACCCCAACGACGACCUCGACAGCGAGGACAUUUGGGAGGUCAUCUCAUCCUUCUUCCGGGAGAAGGGACUCGUGCAUCAACAGUUGGAUUCGUACAACGACUUCCUCAUGCGCAUCCCCAAGAUGAUCGAGAGCAUGGCUGUCAUCCCUCGCCAAGACGACCAGUACGACCCAGGGGUCACGAUGGAGGAGCAGCGCGACCAGCCUCGGCUGGUGUUGCAGGACGUGGUGAUUGGCAACCCGUCGCACCAGACGCACUCGUACUUCGCCGGUGGGCCGCUGCCGCCGCUCUUCCCAAACGAGUGCCGUUUGCGCGACAUGACGUACGACGCGCAGGCGCAGGUGACACUCGGAGUGGAGCUGUACCACCCGCACGCCGAUACGCCGCAUGACACCUUCCUGCGCAAUGUCGAGCUGGGCCGUAUUCCCAUCAUGCUCAAGUCCAUGCGCUGCAACCUAAGCGGCAAGGAUGAGGAUGAGCUUCCGCGGCUCAACGAGUGCCCGCACGACCAGGGAGGGUACUUUGUGAUCAACGGCACAGAGAAGGUGCUCAUCGCGCAGGAGCGGCAGGCUGCCAACCACGUCUACACAUUUUCCCGCCAGAAGGGGCUGUUGUGCGAGGUGAAGUCGAUUGUGGAGGGAUCGCUGAACAAGCCGCGUACGCUGCAGAUCAUCAUGCCGUACAGGAACAGAGGCCCCGGCAGCGGCUUCGAGAGCCUCAUGUGCCGCGUUGCGCAGAUGGAUGAGACGAUUCCGCUGUUUGUGCUGUUUCGGGCGAUGGACAUGGUGGCGGACAAGGAGAUCCUGCAGACGGUCGUGCCGGACCUAAAGGACACCGCGAUGCUGGAGCUGCUGCGUGGCUCCAUGAGUGACGCGAGCACGCUGCAGAUCUUCACCCGCGAGGAGGCUCUCGGCUACAUUGGCCGGCGCCUCGGCAAACAAGACGCCAUGGCGAACCUACAGCGGGAAGCGGAGAGCCUGCUGAUGCGGGACUUGCUGCCGCACAUGGGCACGGACCCUUCCGCCAACCGCACAAAGUGCCUGUAUAUGGGCUACAUGGUGCACAAGCUGCUGCUCGUCGCCCUCGGCCGCCAUGAGGAGACGGACCGUGACUUUCUGGGGCACAAGCGCAUUGACGUGGCAGGCACGCUGCUGACGGUGCAGCUGCAGACCUUUCUCGCGCAGGUGCGGAAGGAAAUGAUCAAGACCCUGCAGGACCACGCUGCCAACCCGCGCGGCGUCUUCAGCUUCGGCCGUGUCAUCCACAGCAGACUUGUCACUGACGGUCUGCGCCGCUGUCUCGCCACCGGCAACUUCGGCGACCUCAAGACGGGCAACAUCAAGACAGGCGUGGCGCAGACGCUGAACCGUCUCACCUACUCGUCUUCCCUUAGCAAUCUGCGUCGCAUCCAGAACCCCAUUGCCGCCUCCAGCAAGGCGACACGCCCGCGCAACUUGCACUGCACGCAGUGGGGGUACAUUUGCCCUGUGGAGACGCCGGAGGGCGGCUCGAUCGGGCUGCUCAAGAACGUGGCGUUGAUGUGUCUCAUGUCCCGCGGCACAGACCACGCCGAGGUGGUGCAGGCCGUGCAGGCGCGCAUCGAUGGCUUCCGCACCAUCGGUCUCGAGGACACGGCUGACGUGCGUGUGGCGCGUGUGUUCGUGAACGGCACAAUGAUUGGCGUGGACCGCAACCCGGAGCGGCUGCUGCACGACCUGCGCACGAGGCGCCGCAACGGCGAGCUCAGCAAUGAGGUGAGCAUCGUGCGCGAUAUCCGCGAUCGCGAAAUCCGCGUCUUCUCGGAUGGUGGUCGGUGUCUGCGCCCUCUCUUCGUGGUUGAGAACUGCCACCUAAAGCUCCGCAAGUCCAGCAUGCGCGACCUGCUCGUCUCGGAGAAGGCGGGCGGAAAGAAAUCCAUCUCGUGGAACACCGUGCUGAAGAAGGGCUACGUCGAGCUGAUUGACUGCGAGGAGGAGGACUCGCUGCUGGUCGCCAUGACGCCGAGCGAGGUGGAGAAGAACUACUACUACUCCCACUGCGAGAUGGACCCGUCGAUGAUUCUUGGCAUUUGCGCCUCCAUUAUCCCCUACCCCAACCACAACCAGUCGCCGCGCAACACCUACCAGUCCGCCAUGGGUAAGCAGGCCAUGGGCAUCUACGCCUCGAACUUCAACAUGCGCAUGGAUACCACCGCCCAUGUCCUCUUCUACCCACAAAAACCGCUGGUGCGCACCAAGGCCAUGACGUACAUGCACAGCAACGACCUGCCCGCCGGCCACAACGCGGUGGUGGCCAUCUCGUGCUACAGCGGGUACAACCAAGAGGACUCUAUCAUUAUGAGCCGCUCCGCCGUGGAGCGCGGCUUCUUCCGGAGCGCCUUUUGGCGCUCCUUCAAGGCGAAGGAAGAGCGGCAGAAGCGCGACGCGCUGGAGACCUUCGAGAACCCAAACCGCGAGGUAUGCCGCGUGAAGCGUGCCGACUACUCGAAGCUGGACACGGACGGCCUCAUCAAGCCCGGCAUGCGCGUCCUCGGGGGCGACGUGGUUGUGGGCAAGACGAUCCCGCUGCCCGAGGCAGACCUCGACAAGCUCACGACGGGCAACACGAAGAUCACGAAGCGGGACGCGAGUAUCACCUCGCGCACUACGGAGAAGGGCGUCGUGGAGAAGGUGAUGUUGACGAUGAACAGCAGCGAUCGCUUCGCCAAGGUCAAAAUUCGCACCAUCAAAAUCCCCAACAUCGGCGACAAAUUUUGCAGCCGGCACGGCCAAAAGGGCACCAACGGCAUUCAGUUUCGCCAGGAGGACAUGCCCUUCAAUCGCGACGGCGUCGUGCCGGACCUCAUCAUCAACCCGCACGCCAUUCCCUCCCGCAUGACAGUGGCCCACCUGAUCGAAACACUGGCCGGCAAGGUGGCGUGCUACAAGGGCGGCGAGGUAUACGCGACACCGUUCUGUUCCGUCGUUGUGGACGACUUUGGCAAGGCCUUGCAUGCCCUCGGGUCGCAGCGGUACGGCAACGAGUGCCUCUACAAUGGGCACACAGGGCUGCCGCUGGAUCAUCUGAUCUUCUUCGGCCCCACCUUCUAUCAGCGCCUGAAACACUUAUCUGGAGACAAAAUCCACGCCCGGCCACGUGGGCCGCUGCAGCCGCUGGUUCGUCAGCCAACCGAGGGUCGCGCGCACGAGGGUGGGCUGAGGUUUGGCGAGAUGGAGCGUGACUGCAUGCUCUCCUAUGGUGCCUCGCAGUGGCUGCGGGAGCGCCUCUUCCGCGUCAGUGACUACUACACGGUGCACGUGUGCAAUCACUGUGGCACCAUCUGUGUGGCCGACACAAAGCUCAACCGCUACCAGUGCAAAGGUUGCGAAAACGACACGCGCAUCUCCCAGGUGCUCAUGCCGUACGCCUGCAAGCUCCUCUUCCAAGAGCUCAUGUCCAUGACAAUUUUGCCGCGCCUCGGCACCGGGCCUCUGUGA